AUGCAGCAGAUGAUGCCUCUUUUGGGGGGUGGGGGAAGGCUGGUGGACUUGGGCACGGGCUCCACCUGGCGCCAGGGCACCUUCAAUCAGCCCCACCCUGCCUCCCUCAGGUAUGCCAUUGACCGCGACUCGGAUUUAGACCAGAUCUUUGAUAUCGAUGCGGACACAGGCGCCAUCGUGACGGGCAAGGGGCUGGACCGCGAGACGGCGGGCUGGCACAAUAUCACCGUGCUGGCCAUGGAGGCGGACAAUCAUGCCCAGCUCUCCCGGGCAUCCCUAAGAAUCCGAAUCCUGGAUGUGAACGACAAUCCCCCAGAGCUGGCCACUCCCUACGAGGCAGCCGUGUGUGAGGACGCAAAGCCAGGACAGCUGAUCCAGACCAUCAGCGUGGUGGACAGAGAUGAGCCUCAGGGUGGGCACCGCUUCUAUUUCCGCCUGGUGCCCGAAGCUCCCAGCAACCCUCACUUCUCCCUGCUUGACAUCCAAGACAAUACGGCCGCGGUGCACACACAGCACCUGGGCUUCAACCGGCAGGAGCAGGACGUGUUCUUCCUGCCCAUCCUGGUGGUGGACAGCGGGCCGCCCACGCUGAGCAGCACGGGCACGCUCACCAUCCGCAUUUGCGGCUGUGACAGCUCGGGGACCAUCCAGUCCUGCAACACCACAGCCUUCGUCAUGGCCACUUCCCUGAGCCCCGGCGCCCUCAUCGCGCUCCUGGUCUGCGUCCUCAUCCUGGUCGUGCUGGUGCUGCUGAUCCUCACCCUCAGGCGCCACCACAAGAGCCACCUGAGCUCCGACGAGGACGAGGACAUGCGGGACAACGUCAUCAAAUACAACGACGAGGGCGGCGGCGAGCAGGACACCGAGGCCUACGACAUGUCGGCGCUGCGGAGCCUUUACGACUUCGGCGGCGAGCUCAAGGGCGGCGACGGGGGCGGCGGCGGCGGCGGGGGCCCGAGCGGGAGCGGGGGCGCGGGCAGCCCCCCGCAGGCCCGCCUGCCCUCAGAGCGCCACUCGCUCCCGCAGGGGCCACCGAGCCCCGAGCCGGACUUCUCGGUGUUCAGGGACUUCAUCAGCCGCAAGGUGGCGCUGGCGGACGGGGACCUGUCAGUGCCGCCCUACGACGCCUUCCAGACCUACGCCUUCGAGGGCGCGGACUCGCCGGCCGCCUCGCUCAGCUCGCUGCACAGCGGUUCUUCGGGCUCCGAGCAGGACUUCGCCUAUCUCAGCGGCUGGGGCCCGCGCUUCCGGCCCCUGGCCGCGCUCUACGCGGGCCACCGCGCGGACGACGAGGCCCAGGCCUCCUAGCCUACCACCCGCCCCGCCCCCCCCCGCCCUGCCGUCGGGGCGCGCCUCCCGGCCCACCCAGGGCCCGACGGGGCCCCAGGACGAAGCAUUUCCCCGGCUCAGCCCCUUCCCCAGCCCUCCCACCCUCCGAGGGCGGCCGGACAGGAGGGGGACUUGUAGGGGGAUGGACUCCCCGACGCACCUCCCCACGCCCCGCCCCGGGGUGGGGUGAUGCGUGGUGCCGCUUUCGCCCAGACGUGCCGGAAUUACCAGCAACGGUCAUUAAAACUGCAAUGGGACCUGGCACUGCGUGGCUGUCGGGAUAGAGGGGGAGAUGGAGCGGCGUUGCUGCGUGAAGGGGCGGGUUACCCACUCCCAGCUGGGGGACGACCUCUGGAGGGAGGGUGCUGCUGAGGUGUCCCCCCUCCCAGGUCUCCCCCAUCGGAGUUAAGAGAGAAGGAAGGCUGUUCAUUUACUAAGCGCCUACUGUGUGCUGGGACACUGUACAGAGACCAUCUUAGUUGUCACGGAAACCAUGAGGUGGGGCCCUGCAGGCAGCAGAUGGAGAAGGCCACCCAGAGAAGUGGCUGUGGCCCGUCCAAGGACACCUAGCCAGAACGGUGGAGCCUCUGACACUGACUUCCCAGCUGCCUGGCCUUGGGCAAGUUACCUCACUUCUCUGGGCCUCACUUCCCUCGUGUGUCACAUGAGGCUCAUAACAGAACCUACCUCGAAGAGUUGUGAGGACAAAAAGUGGUCAUGUGUCACGUGGUUAGGACAGAGCCUGGCACAUAGUAGGUGUUCAAUAAAUGUUAGCCUUUGAUACUA